UUUUAAAUGAUACUGACACAUUUGUAUUCAAUACCAACAGCUGUUAAUCUUUUCUUUUAAAUUAAACCUUUUAUCAUAUAAUAUUGUAUUUAAUUUGUUGUUAGUUAAAGAAACACUUUCUGAAAAUGCUGGCAGUAAUGUCGGAAAACGGAAAUGGAGAACGGGAUCCAGUUCAGGAUUUUCUUACUACAGGCCGUGCAGGGCGGCGUAAUGCUUUGCCUAAUAUACUUUCUGAGCAUGCCAUGACCACAACUGCAGACCUUCCAGAACGCCUUAUGGGUUUAACCACAAAAGAAAAGAAGGAAGGAAAUGAAGAAUCAACUACUUCAUGUGAAGAACCAAAAGAUGACGAUGGCAGUGAAGCCUGUGGUUCAAGUUCCAGUUGAAUUUCACAAAAGGAAUUCAAAUCAGUUAUUGCUUUUAAAGAUUUGUUUCCUAAUUGUUUCUCAUGUUAUUUGUUUUAUUGUUUACGUUAUUUAUCAAUAUUCGUAUUAAACUUCUCGCAAAAGUCCCUGGAUUAUAGUAUUUUCUAAAAAAAAGAUCAGUAUUAAUAACACUGUGAUGACUGUGGUUUUUAAGUGUUAGUAAUCUCAUUAUACACCAUAAUAAGAGCAACAGUGAUUCCCAAACUUUGAAGGAAGUGAUGGAAGCAUGUUUCUUUUGUUUAGUUAUUAACAUCACUAUAUUUAUAUUGGGUAUAGGCAAUCGGGAGAAAUUUAAACAAUGCAAGUAUUCUUAAACAAAUGUUUUAUUUUUUAUUAUGAUUGCCUCACUAUUUAGCUCAUCUUAUUUAAUUAUAAAUUAAAUUAUUUUUUCUAUUAUAUUUAACAUAGUAUUUACAUAUUAUUUCAAUUAGGUUGUUCAUUUGAAUUAUAACAGAAAAUAACAAGCUGUUAUCAUUUUGCAUUUAUUAUUUGCUUUAGUAUCUGAUUAUUAUUUAAUUUUUUUAUUUUUAAAGGGACCACAUUUACCAAAUGUGCAAUAAUCAUGUUCAGCUAUUCCUGAAUAUAAUGUUUCACUUACUAUACUUUUAACUAAUAUUACUCCUUGACUGAUUUGACAUUGAUGAUUGUCGCAUUAUGUUAUUUUCCAAAAUGCACUAGUUGUGAUAGAUGGCUGACCAAAAUUUUUAAUAUUGUUCAAUUAAGAGGUCAUUUUACGAUGUGAUUUAUAUAUAUUUGUAUUGAAAAUAAUCCAAGAAAUAUGCAGUAUAAUAUUACCAAAGUAAUUAAACAUUAUUUUUUAAAAGUGGUUGUUAUAUAUAGUAUUUAAUUGUAAAAAAACCACCUAUUAGUUGUUUUUUUUCUAUCUUUUUUAUUUAUACAUUUGGGCAUGACUAUUGAUGUAUUUAUUGUAACAUGAUAUCGUAAAACUAUACCUUAAGAGUCUGAAAAUCCAUCCUUUGAUAUAACAUUUUGCAAAUUAAUCUUUAGCAUUUAGGACCUUGAAGUAAAUUAUUUCUUAAAUACUAUUAAAGCCAGAUAGCAUUAUAUUUUUCUACAUUUCAUUGAAUAACAUUGUUAAUUUGUAAUCAUAAUUAACAAAUAUUUCACUACUUGAUACUUAAAAAAAUGUUAAAGUUAGAAUUUGAUUACAUGAGUGGUAUUAAUUGACAUGUUUUAGCCACAACUUCAGGCUCAUUAUUUCUGAUAACAAUUACUUUUUAAUGCUAAUAAUUUUUUUUCUUUAUUUAUGGGAUUAAUGUUUAAUGAAUUUUGCAUGAUCUUUACACUUCAUGUAAUCAUCUAAUCAGGUCUAACUUACUUGUUAAAUCCUAAAAUUGACUUUAAGUAAAAAUUUUUACAUUUUUUAAUUAAUUUUAUUAAUUAAU